CUCUCUAUCUCGAAAGAUACCCGCCGAGAAGUUCCGCGCGAGCAUUCUCGGAGUUGAAAGUAAUACGCAUGCGUCUGUAAAAUCGUUUCGACCGCACCGCUCGAGAUGCGGAUAAAGCGGUGCAUCGCGUUUGGGUUGACUUCAGGACCACACGAAUAGAGUUGUCUAGCUGUUGUAUAUAAACUGUUAACUUGUUGAUGAGGAAGGUAAUAACUGGUGGAAGAAAAAAGCAAAGUGAUAAGAAAAAAGGAAGGAAAAAAGAGGAACAGGAUUGGCAAAUGAAUGAUAACAACGACGAAGAGAGAAUACUUGGAAUUCUUUCAAUUUUUAUUUGACCACAAGAAAAAUAAAGAAAAGCUUUUAAGAGAAAUAGAAGAAAAAUAAUAACAAACAUAUUCAAGAAAAAUAAUAACAAACAUAUCCAAGGAAUCUAUAGUGUCUCCUCUUGUUUUGUGUGAUAAAAAUUAUUUACUUUAUUGGACAUGAUUGUUUUUUUCUUGAGAAGAGUAAAAGAAAUAUUUAAGGGAUGAGCUGAUAUCGCUUUGUUCGGAUUUUAAGAGAGAGAAAGAGAGAGAAAGAGAGAGAAAGAGAGAGAAAAAGAGAGAGAGAGAGAGAGAGAAAGAAAGAGAGAGAGAGAGAGAAAAAGAGGGAGAAGAGGAAAAUGAGAGUGAUCGUCAAAAUGAUAGCGAUUAUGUCUACUGAUACCACUUUGUUAUCAAUAAAAUAAACGUUUAGGCAUGAUAGGCAGGAAAAGAGAAGAUUAAAAGUGGUACGUUAAAGGAAGGAAUAUAUCGUAAGAAGAAAAAAUAGACAAGGUAUUGAACGCAAAAUAUGCUUUGGAGAGUGACGGAAAGCAAAGAAGAAUUUUCGUCAGGCAUGUUUAUACGAAAAUUUUUCGAAAAUAAGAGAUAACAAACUUUAAAAACCGGCUAAAGAAUGAAGAAAAGAUUGUUUUUCGGUUUCGUAUGUGCCGUAUUACUCUUUAUCGUAAUGACAUCAAACGAUAAUACUAUUGUGCAAAAAGUUACAAAUUUUAUUAUAACAGACAGCAAUGAUGUUUCAUGUUAUGAGAUCUCUACUACUUAUGGUUUUCCUCACUUGGAGUCUGAUUCUGUGAAACCUAUACUCGGAAAGAAUAUAUUUUUCCAUGAGACGUCCUGUUUCGAUGAAAAGGGAAUUUUUUUGAAUCCACGUCAGGCUUGUGCUGUAGAAUCGGCAGCUCUCAUGAAUCCAGAAAGUACAAUAUAUCUUUUAUUUCUUAGUCCUUCGCCGAUAUCCUUGGAAACGAAAGAAAUAAUAAAGCAAUUGUCGAGUUAUCCGAACAUCAAAAUUAGAAGGAUUUUUCCAGAAACUUAUACGAAAGACACGCCGUUGGAGGAUUGGUACAAAAGUGGUACCUUGAUGAAGAGUAAAUGGAGACGUAGUCAUAUGUCGGACAUUUUGAGAUAUUUAACUCUUUGGAAAUAUGGAGGAAUAUAUCUUGACUUGGACGUCGUCGUUACAACGUCAUUGGAAAAUUUAACAAAUUUUGCUGGUGCCGAGGAUUGGGAUGACGUAGCAGCCGGUGUUUUGGGUUUCAGUUCGAAUAAGCUUGGACGUCGUAUGGCGGAUGCCUGCCUUCGUGAUUUGAAAAAAAAUUUUCGUGGUAAUGAUUGGGGUAACAAUGGACCUGGUGUUAUCACGAGAAUUUUACAAAAAAUAUGUUCUACCAAAUACACUCGAGAUAUGUCGGUGUCACGUUGCCACGGCUUCAAAGUUUUUUCACCUUCUGCUUUCUAUCCGAUUCAUUACAAAAAGUGGACAAAAUAUUUUGAGGAGAAGAACAUUAAUUCAACGAUGGAGAUAUUGAAACAAGCUCGGGUGAUACACGUGUGGAACAAACUCAGUAAAUCGAAGAAAAUUCAUGUGAAUAGCAACGUUCCUUACGUCGUUAUAGCUCGUAAAUAUUGUCCGAAAGUAUUUUCGAAUUGUGGUAAUACCUUUUAAAAAAUCGGACAAGAAAUCAAGGAAGUGAAUUUUAACAUAUCGGUGACUGUUUUAAUACAUUUAUUAUCUCGUUUACUUUAUUUUCAUAACUUUUAUUAACAGUUUAUUUUUUUUACAAUUUAUAUAUUUUUUGUUUAUAUAACGAAGAGAUAAAUAUGAUAUAAACAUAGAAAAAAAAGAAAACGUAAAAUUAAUUCUUCUUUUAUAAUUCUUUUGUGUUUCAACGAACGUAAUUUUAUUAUAAUUAAUUGUUUUUACAAUAUUAAUUAACAUUCGACAAAUUAAUAGAUCUUUUACGUUUGUACAAAUUUAAAAAAAGUUUUUCAAUUUUAUGAAGAAUUAAUUUACCUUGUAAUUUCAAGAGAUAAUGAAGUACACACAUAUCAAACAAUAGAUUUAAGUUUAUAAUAUCAAAGAAAUAGGACGUUGAUGUGUGCGUUAUUAUUAUCCAAAGAACAAUAAUAACUUAUUGCAGAUAUAGUUACAUAUCUAUAUAUACGUAGUUAUACGUGUAUAGUUCGUAUAUUAGUAUUAACAUAAAUAUCAUUAGAUGAGAAAGAUAGAAAGAAAAUAAAAAAGAAGGAGAGGAAUGUAUUUCUUGUAAGUAAUAAUCAUGAUUGUGAUUAUUUGUCACGAUAUCAUAUCAUAUCAUUUAGAAAAGCAAUGAAUUAUUAAGAAUCUGAAAUGUAUUUUAUCGAUAUGAAAUGUUUAUUCAAAGUUGACAAUUUUACAAACUUUUUACAUGCAAGAAGUGGAAACUUUUCUGUGACACAAACAAAAAAGAAAAUAAAUGAAUAAAAAUAAAAUAAAAUAAAGUAAAAUAAAAUAAGAAUAUUGAAAAAGAAAGAAAGAUAAUAGAUAUGGGAUACAAUAAUAAUAUUCAAGGAGAUAAUAAAUAAUGGACUUAACAUGUUAAACAGAAAAAAUUUUCAUGGAUGUGUAUGAAAAUUAUUUUAAUUAAAAAUGAAAUGAUUAGGGAAUGAAGACAAGAACGUUUAGAUAUAAGUUAAUAAAUUGUAAAAUGAAUAAUUAGAACAUAUAAUGUUUUUUUUUUAAUUGGAAUGGGAAAGAAAUAAUUAAUUUAUUCUUUUAUUAGAAGAGAAAUUAAAUUUUCAAAUUGAAUGGUCAACAAAUUAAAAUUAAAGUGUGUUUUGGCACGUGAUUGUUAAUUAAUUGAAUAGAAUCUAUGUAUGUGAGUAGAUAUUUUCAAAUAAAUACAAAAUAUUAUUAUACGAUAGAUUUGUGAAAAAUAGAUAUGAAAAUAUGUGAUGGCAUAACGUUUUUAUAGAGAAUCGAUUUUCAUUGUGUCGUCCUAAUAAAUACAAACAAUUAAGAAAGGAAAAGGAUGACAGAUUAAUAGCAAAUUUGAAAAAGUAAGAAAGAAAAAUAUUAAUAAGUGUGACAAUCCCCUUCUACGUUUCUCAUAUAUAAUUAUCAUACGAAAAAAGUUAAUGUUCAUCCUUAUUAAUUGUAAGAUUACGAUCAACUAAUAACAUAUUAUAGAAGUAGAAUAGUACGAUUUAUUAUACCGUUUAUUUUCGAUUCAUCAUUAGUUUUAAAAUUAUUUAAUUUACCAAAAUUUUUAAUCAAUUUAAAAUUUUAGUAUCAUUGUAUUUUUUUAUUGAAUGUUCAGCAAAACUUUAUUUAUUUCACAUUAGAAUAUCGUUGCGCGAAGAACAAUCUUUAAAAAUCUCUUUUCUAAGCAAAACAAGAAAAAAAAGAAAAACAAAGAAUAAUUUAUUACGUUAAGAAAUUUAAUUGAAAUAAAAAAAAAAAAUAUAUAUAUAUAUAUAUAUAUAUAUAGACAUAAACGUCGUAUUUUAACGUGCCAUUCGUGUCAUCGAUUAUUGGACAUAUAAACCGCUUGCUGUUUAUCAAUAGCGCUUAUGACUUUCGUGAAAAAUCAAUAGUGAUAAUAUAUCAGUAUUAGACCAAUAAUCGAACCAUGUUCCUAAAGAGCUUGACACAGUGUAUAACUGUAAAACGAAAUAAAAUUAAAAUCUUGUUUCCUGUUUUCUAAAACUCUAUGUUUUUCGUAAAUAAAUAAAGAGAGAGUUCCUUUUGGAU